AUGGGUGCUUUUCCUCCGCCGCCGGUCAACACCAUUGACUGGUCCAACGUCGGUUUCCGAGUCCGCGAAGUCAACGGCCACAUUGAAUCGACAUACUCAGUCCACACGGGCAAGUGGACGCCCAUCAAGUAUGUGGCGGACCCGUACAUGCGCAUCCACGGCAUGGCGCCGGCGCUCAACUACGGCCAGCAGGCCUACGAGGGCCUCAAGGCCUUCCGCCUGCCCGGCGACAACGACAUCGCCAUCUUCCGCCCGGACCGCAACGCCGUGAGGCUCCAGCACUCGGCCGAGGUCGCCUGCAUGCCUCCGGUGCCCGUCGAGCUGUUUCUUGAGGCAGUCAAGGCCGCUGUUGCGCUCAAUGCCGGCUACGUUCCCCCCCACGAGACCGGCGCCGCCAUGUACAUCCGCCCUCAGAUUUACGGAUCAAGCGCCCAGCUGGGCCUGUCCGCGCCGGAGGAGUACACCUUUUGCGUCUUCGUCAUCCCCACGGGCGUCUACCAUGGCGUGCAUCCCGUAAAGGCCCUGAUCCUCGACGAGUUCGACCGCGCGGCGCCCAACGGCACCGGCCACGCAAAGGUCGGCGGCAACUAUGCGCCAGUCUUGCGAUGGAGCGACAAGGCGCGGACGGAGGGAUACGGAAUCACGCUGCACCUGGACAGCGCCAGGCACGAGGACAUUGACGAGUUCAGCACCAGCGGCUUCAUCGGCGUCAAGACGGGCAGCGGCGGCAGCGACGACAUCACCCUCGUGGUGCCGGACUCCAAGUGCGUCAUCGACAGCGUCACCAGCAGCAGCGUCCUGACGCUGGCCCAGAGCUACGGCUGGAAGGUCGAGAAGCGCGUUAUCAAGUACGCCGAGCUGCCAUCCUUCAGCGAGGUCUUUGCCGCUGGAACGGCCGCCGCGCUGGUGCCCAUCCGGAGCAUCACGCGCCGCGGCACCAGCGGUUUCGCUGCUGGAUCUAAUGAGGAUGCUGGACCUGUUUGCUUGAAGGUGUUGACGGACUUGAAGGGCAUUCAGCUGGGUAAGAAGGAGGACAAGUUUGGCUGGCGGUUUGCCGUUACGGAGGCUGAUGGCAAGGAUAUUGCGGGAGUGAAUGGUGUGCAUGAGGCGGAUGCAACGACGGUGGAUGAGAUGGAUUAA